AUAAAACCCUUCAGUUACUUACUCAAUCUGUCUCUCUCCCAGACUAAGCACAGCAGAGUAGAGAGAGGUAUGGGUAAGAUAAGCUUGAGAUUUUCUGUUCUUAGAGUAUAAUGAACAGAGGAUUCAUUUUCUUCUUCUCUGAAGAAGAUGGCUCUGCAAAGAGAUGAAACCCACCAGCUACAAACUCCAUUGUUGGUUCUUGAUGGGCUUUAUUGUGAGGAGGAAUUAGGGGAGUGUGUGGAAGAUGGAAGUGAAAAGUGUGGUGAAUUUGUGAAAAAGGAGACAUUUUCCCCGUUGUUCUGUGUUGGGGAUGACCUGUUUUGGGAGGAUGAUGAGUUAAUGUCUUUAGUUUCUAAGGAAAAGGAGAACCAUUUCUGUUAUACCAAUGUGGUGUUAGAUGAGUGCUUAGUUUUGGCUCGGGAAGAGGCUGUGGAGUGGGUUUUGAAGGUGAAAGCACACUUUGGGUUCAAUGCUCUGACUGCUGUUCUUGCUGUGAAUUACUUGGAUAGGUUCAUUUCAAGCCUCGGGUUUCAAAGAGACAAACCAUGGAUGGGACAAUUAGUUGCUGUGGUUUGUUUGUCUUUGGCAGCCAAGGUGGAGGAGACCCAUGUGCCCCUUCUUCUGGACCUGCAAGUUCUGGAAUCAAAGUAUGUGUUUGAGGCAAAGACCGUACAGAGAAUGGAGCUGCUGGUUCUCUCUAGUCUUGGAUGGAGGAUGCAUCCUGUGACUCCAAUUUCCUUCUUUCAUCACAUUAUAAGGAGGCUUGGAUUGAGGACCAAUUUGCAUUGGGAGUUUCUUCGGCGGUGUGAGCGCUUGCUUCUCUCCCUCAUUGCUGAUGCAAGCUUUUUGGGUUACCUCCCGUCCAUAUUGGCUGCUGCAACAAUGCUGCAUGUUACUGAGGAGGUUGAGCCAUGGAAUCAUCUGGAAUAUCAGAAUCAGCUGAUGGGAGUACUCAAGAUUUGUGAGGCUGAAGUGAAAGAGUGCUACAAGCUCAUCCAAGAAUUGUCAGGAAGCAAUUGCAAAGAGAACCAUGGACACAAGCGCAAGCAGCAUUCAUGGAUACCAUGCAGCCCAAGUGGUGUUGUUGAUGCAUCUUUUAGCUCUGAUAUCUGGAAUGAUUCGUGGGGGGUUACAGUUACACAAUCUGUUUCCUCUUCCCUAGAGCCUCGGUUGAAGAGGAGCAGAGCCCCGGAUCAACAGAUGCAGUUGCCUCCACUAAACCGUAUGUUUGUGGAUGUGCUUAGUACCCCUCAUUAAUCUUAUCUUGUUUUCAUAUCUAGUACCGAGUAUGACAUGUUAGUGUACAAUCUGCAAUUCCUCUUUUGCCUAGUAUUAUCACAACCUGUUCUUAAUGUGCAAUCAUUCUGUUACCAUGAUUAACUAUUGCCUUUAUGGCGAAGGGAUCAAUAUCCACUGAAAACAGGAUAAUUUUUCAUGUGUGAACAGUGGACCAUAUUCAAUCUUAAGUAUGCUAUUGUGGACUUCUACUGUUCUACACCAUAUAUUAUUUUCAUGAGUUAAACUUAAGUUCUUGUUCUUAUGGAAUUGAUGGUGUCCGGAUCUCUAUUUGGGAAAUAUAAUAGCUAUUGCUGACCUUUAUAUAGUGACUCUGCACUUCCCCUGUUUCAAUAACUAUGGAGAAUCCUGUCAAUUUCUUUCUUUAUUUGUUAGUAUGCAGUUUUUGGUGGCAUUUUCUUGCCUAUCUCUGCCUUUUUGUGAGUUGAUGAAAUUAUAAUAUCAGAAAAAGAAAUUUGAGUGAAUGAACUGAUAUUGUUUUU